AUUAUUUUACCAGGGUGCGUUGAAAACUGAAUAUUUCCCCGUCCGAAGGAACGCCACAGAAACUAGGAGUUGCUCCGGUCCGGAUACAGAAAAAAUACGUUGUUUUUUAUUACUUUAUUCACCAAGUGUAUAUUAAUCAGUCACCGCACAAUUGCACAACUCCCUCUAAAGUUUAUUUACAGUAUCAAGUGUUUUGAUCUUCAAAGGGAAUAGGGCAUAUGAGGAUAACUUCGGAUUGGAAUUUGCCUUCACACAAGUUCUUUACAGUGAAACUCCAGGCAUUUUCUUCGGAUUAAUCCACCCUGAACCAGUGUCAGCCUUCUUUUGUGAGACUUGAGACACACUCUGGUUACAUAACAGGUUAAAGCAAAGAAAGCAUCUCUGAAAGCUCUGGCAUUUCUGAAUAUCAAAGACCUAAAACCAUCAUCAAGUACUGACAGUGUUGCUGAGGAGCAUGGCUAAGCGUGUUGCUGUGAUUGGAGCAGGCAAUGCUGGACUGGUCUCCAUCAAAUGUUGCUUGGAUGAAGGUCUGGAGCCGGUGUGUUUUGAAAGCAGUGAUGAUAUCGGUGGACUCUGGAGAUUUAAGGAGACACAUGAGGCAGAACGCACCAGCAUUUAUCGUUCUCUAGUAGCGAACACCUCUAAAGAGAUGAUGUGCUACAGCGAUUUUCCUAUGCCGGAUCAUUUCCCAAACUACAUGCAUAACUCGCUGGUCGUGCAGUACUUAAGACUCUAUGCUGAACACUUCGGCCUGCUCAAACAUAUUCAAUUAAAGACUACAGUAAGCAGUGUGAGACAGAGGCCGGAUUUCUCUACCUCUGGUCAGUGGGAUGUGGUGACCGUGAACAGAGAUGGACGAGAAGAGAAACACGUGUUUGAUGGUGUUCUAGUGUGUACAGGACAAUACACACAACCUAACAAACCUCUCUCUGCCUUUAAAGGUGUUGAUACAUUCCCAGGAACAAUUGUCCACAGCUGGGAUUAUAGGGAUCCUGAUCUUUACUGUGGCAAGAGAGUUGUGAUUGUUGGGAUUGGAAAUUCAGGGGUAGACAUUGCUGUGGAGCUCAGCAGAGUUUGUGAGAAGGUGUUUGUAAGUACCCGCACAGGGGCGUGGGUCAUAGGUCGCAUGUCAAAUAGAGGGCACCCUAUGGAUUUGGUGCUGGUUAAGCGACAUGUGGAUCUGAUGUUUCGCCUUCUGCCUCAACGUUUGCUGAACUGGAUUGGAGAGAGAAUGCUCAAUCAGAAACAUGACCACAAGUUUUAUGGACUACAGCCUAAACACAGAGUUCUUGACCAGCGUCCCAUUAUCAACGAUGACCUCCCAGGUCGCAUUUUGAUGGGAGCCCUGGUGAUGAAACCAAAUCUGCAAAAAAUUCAAGAUUCAACAGUUGUAUUCGAUGAUGGGACAGCUGAAGAGAAGAUCGAUGCUGUGAUCUUGUGUACAGGAUAUAAUUACGCAUUCCCCUUCCUCCCCACCUCCUUAAACUCUGGUCCUGAUGGAGAACUGACACUCUAUAAAAGAAUCUUUCCCCCAUCUCUUGAGCGUCCGACACUGGCCAUCAUGGGUCUUUUCCAGCCCAAAGGAGCGGUCAUGCCAGCAGUAGAACUGCAGGCACGCUGGGCCACCCGGGUCAUCGCAGGGUUAAACCAUCUUCCUUCAAACCAAAAAAUGCAUGACAUUAUUGAAAAGGAACGCAGAGCAAAUUUAAAAUGUUAUGCUAGUCCCAAGGAGGCUGUCCUUCAGGUGAAUUAUAUUCCUUACCUAGAUUCCAUGGCAAAGGAAGUGGGUGUUCGGCCCAACAUUUUUUGGUUACUUCUCAGUGACCCUGCUUUGGGUUUGAGGGUUCUUUUUGGUCCCUGUACACCCUACCAGUUUCGUCUACGUGGACCAGGACAUUGGAGUGGUGCUCGUCAGGCUAUCCUUACGGUAUGGGAGCGUGUGGCCAAACCCAUGAAGACACGCCCCAUUCCAAACCCAAAAUCCAGCAGUUUGUUAUAUUGGAUGGGCCUUGCAGGAGGUGCUGCAGUAAUUGUGAUCAUUAUGGUAAAACAAAAGAAGAUUCCACUUUUUCUGAAAAUCAAUUACAUAGAGACAGCCUUAUUUGGACAAAAGUAAGAGUUUAGGGUAACACUUUACAAUAAACAAUAAAGUAUUAGUAAACAUGAACAAAGAUUAAUAAAUGCUGUAGAAGUACUGUUCAUUGUUAGUUUAUGUUAGCUAAUGCAUUAACUAAUUGUUAACAAAUACAUCCUUAUUGUAAAAUUGUACAGAGUACUAAUUGAUGUACUAACGAACCAUAGAUCUGUCUGUGUAUUAGCACAUGUACUUAAAAAAAAAAAAAUGAUUAAAAUCAUCCUGGUAAACCA